AUGACCCGCCGAAAGUGGACAACCGAUGAACAAGAGGCAUGGUUGGAACAGCGGAAGCCUGGAUACAUUGAGGCGAAUCAAAAGAAGACCGCCGCCAAAGACUUCUUCCCCAUCGUGAUCAAAGAGUUCUGCGAACAGUGGCCUAUGCCGUCAGUUACUCAACAAGAAGUCGACGAGGCAGGUUCUACAGAGCGCGCAACACAAGUCAAGCAAGGGAAGUAUGAGAAGCGCAUCUCUGGUUGGUUCCCCAACAACACCAGAAAUGUUGCGCCCGGGAGCCUUGGCAUCCUCAAAAUUAAACAGAAGACACAGCCAAGAAUGCUCCAACCUUGGCAGGCUUACCAAGCGUUGACAUAUGAGAGCAGAUGGAAGCCCGAAGUCGACGCGGCAUGGUUGACAUACAAGAACGCGUGGCUGACUGAACACCCAGAAGAGAAAUGUCCCAAAAACCGGUUUCAGAUCAUGAUUGAGUUUAUCAAAGAAAAGUUCGAGAAGGAGACGGAUGAAGUUAAGAUGGAAUGUGAGGAAUAUAGGAAGCGACGUCAAAGCGAAGCAGCCACCCCAGACCCAGACAAACCGGAUGCGGUCAAAAACGCUAAGUUUCAGGAGGCAAUCGAUAUGCUUCCUCGUACUUUGACAACAAUUGGGGAAUCACUGAUGAGCCAAACUGGUUGGAACGUUAGUAUUCUCAUGGGUGGUCCUACCCCAGACAACGACGGAGUGAUUAUGACUUACCUGUCACAUACCGGCAAAACUAAAGCUGGGGAGACGUUUGAAAAAUUCAUCGGUGACAAGGAUUACGAUGCAAAGCUUCUUCUGCCUUUCGAGGCCUUCCUUAACGCUUCGUUCUGUAAGUACCCGAGCAAGAUCGAAACAGCUAAACUUACAUCGUCGAUAGCCGCAGAGGAUUGUGCCGCGAGGAGCCUUGUGAAACCUGAGCCCGCACCAAGUGACCGACAGAUGGAAACUGGAGAGUGGGAACAAUCAGACGAGAAGGUUGAUGGUUCGGGCGAUGACUCAGAUAACGCCGCCGUCGCUGGGAAAAGCCAAUACGAGAUAACUAAGGAUAAGAAUAUCAGGGAGAUUAAAGAAAGGCUCGCCGAGUUAGACGAGCAGUUUCCACUUCCCGAAGAGUUCACAAAAAAAAAGUUAUCGAAGACACCAGCAACGAAGAAGGGGAAACAAGUACGAAAUGAGAUGGCAGUCAGAAGGCAGUCACAGAGAGGCAAAGAUAAGAUUGGCGCCUCCACCAAAGAACCUGCUCCCACCACAGCUGAAGCACCACAGGCCACGAGCGAUGCAGCUGCUCACCCUGCUCUGAGCACGGUUCUUCUCGACACUCAGCAGACUCCAACGGUGUCGCAUAUCCAGUCUUCCCCAUCUCCCACAGCCUCAAUUUCUGUCCCUGCCAGCGCACCCUCUUACGAUGCUCCAGACGCUGUCCCAGCCACACCUCCCAUCAUUGACAUCGGGCUUGCCAGGAAACCCACCACUGUCGAUGGCGAACAACCAAUUCAAGACAAGGGUAACGACGAUGUCGUUAUGAGCGAUCCAUCUCACGCUUACCCCACAGCCUCGGUUUCUACGAUUCACCCUGCCAGUGCGCCCUCUUACGACACUCCAGGCGCGGUGGCCACACCUCCUGUCACUGACAUUGGCCUUGCUGUCAAACCUAUGGCUGUCGGUGGCGAACAACUGAAUCAGAACAAGGGCAACGACGAUGUGGUCAUGAGCGAUCCGCCCUCUCUGGUUCAAAAGCCUCAAAACGACGUGAAUCUGCCACCCUGGCUCGUUCCGAUGAUCGGAUAUUUGCGCGGAGUCGCAACGGAUAGGGCCUGGCAAAACCUGGUAACAGAGUUCGUCGAAUUUGAAAAAGGGGGUCCGCCAAGCGGCAAGCUGCCCACGAAGUGUCGACCCCAGGAGAUCUCCGACUGGAUACGAAGCAAGAAGAAAGAUGUUGUACCGCCAGUCGAGCCUACUCAAUUCGGCCAACGUUUCACGGAGUGGUGGACAUUGUUACAGCCUGACUGGCGGAAAGGCGAUAACGCAGGAUCUAUUGUGUUCAGCCGCGAUGUUCCGAUCGGCGAAACUUGGCAAGGAAUGAGGAAGGGAGGUACGGCGGGCAUCUACAUCGUCGUUAUGGCGCUUUCUUGGUGGAUCAAGGCCCAGAAUGCGAAACACGACGUCGAGGCCUGGUCUACCGUCGACGAACUUACAUGGGUGAUCCAACAGUGGAUUAAAAAACCGAUUUCUCCCAUUACAGUCCCCAUCAAACGAGUGCAUGAAGAAACGGGCGACGGCGAAGGCGAAGCUCAGCGAAAGAGCCGUCGUCUGUCUGGAUGA